GCCCUACAUGCAGUAUCCGCUUCAGUAUCUGCCGUAGACGUUUGCACAACGCAGGCACGCCGUCGCUCUACGCCCGCAAAAGGUCGGAGUUUCAACACCAAAAAUUACGACAAACGAACGACUUUUCUCGCCCUUCACCCAUCCUCCCCUCGGGUUCCGGGUCCGGACGAGUCGAUCACUCGGGUUCGCACGCUCGGCGUCCGAAAAUCACGGCCGGGUCUGACGCGUAAAGUUCUCAAGGACGAAUCCUUGAUGGGUUUCCGUAGGCGUUUCGGUGUUUGUUUACAAGUAACAUUAAUGGCAUCGUAGCUUACAAUCACGCAGCUAGUGGAGCAGGAGGAAAAGGGAGGGGGUGGUGGAAGGAAGAAAAACUGGUGGCAAAAAAAAACAGUUAGAAAGCAGAAAGUAAGAGAUAAGCAAACGGGAGACAGCGUAAGUGUAAGUGAUAUGCCGGUUUUUUUUUGUGGUGUGACAUACAGGCCAACCAUGGAAGCAAUGUCAACAUACUGACGGGUGAAAUAUUGGUGGAUGUUUGCACCUAGGGUUCCGGGUUUUCCUUCAAUUAGUGGACGUAACGAUUUGUAGCUGCAGCAAUUUAAGGAGCAGUCCAAAGAAGUUGAGUGUAAAAUACUCAAUCCGUUUACAAAGCUAAUUCACACCAUCAUCAUUUCACGCGAAGCCGUUUCGCCAGAUUCUUCUUCCGCAGACGCUACGUACAGCAAACACCUUCCAGAUGCCGCACGACUCUCCACUAUAAGCCAUGCGGCUGCAGGCAAGCCGACUAUCAUCCGACCUUCAUCGAUACAUUGCGCCGCAACGGAUCGGAUCAUCCACGUGUACGACUUGCACGAUGACGGGGCCAGAUCAAUACGUUUGCACAGGGACGCUACUAAUGCGACGACGUUACAGGAGAGUGUGUGUGUGUCUGUGUGGGUAAGAAUCCAUUGAAAGGACACUUCAACUUUGCUUUUCCAAGAAUGUGGCAAGGAAAAAGCUAAUGCACGUGAACAGGAAAUAAAAGGCUCUCAUCCGUCCCUGCAAACUUCACAAGCCAACCAAAGACUCAACCAGAGAAUUCGUACUAAGCAGUAUAAAGAAGCGAAGGCAUAAGGCAUGGCAAUCGAGAGGGAUGGUACAGACAUCCUUGAGGAUUCAUCAGACGUGAAGAUUAAUCGGCACUCGCUGCGGACGGACCGAGCAGCGAUGAUAAGGACCGACGAUACAGAAGCAGCGCAUCUGUAUCCGCUCCGUCUACGCUCCUAAGAAAGCUGGGUUCCGCAACGCCGGUGUUCAGCAUCGUCCUGCACGCAGAAUAGCACACCAUUGACCCUUCGAAGAGGCGACGGGCUAAUUAUAACGGUAAUUAAUUCCACUGUUCAUCAGGCCUCUCGCAAUGACGCAGUGCUCUUCCGAUUCGGGAACGGCUUCAAUAUCCACGGGGCUUCGCACGUUCCUAUUUGGCACGCAUUGAGAUGAGAUGUGAACACACUUCCCGAUCGAAGACACAUGAAUGCACAUGAAUGCACAAAAUACGCUCAAUUCAACGUGGGUAAUUCGGUCUCACGUACUUCUGCUUUAACCACUCGAAGACGACUGUAAAUACUGUUCCAUGGCUCCUGGGUACUGGCACAUCUCACUGGCUCAAACAUGGACCCGUUGGGAGGCUGUCGAAAUUAUCAAUUGCUAUCCGUGCUGGCUCAGCGCAUCUGCUCCCUUGUCGUGUGUUUGAUCAAACAUGUGCGGCAAGAGAACAUAGCGGUGCAGACUGUUUUGCGCCAAGCGCUGCUUCCCAUGCACCGUGCGUUGACGGAGUUUUUGUUCGGCCAGGCGCAUUCGUCCCAGCACUUCAGUCCACUUCAGCUGCGUGAUUCUACACAUUCGCUUCUCUCCUUACCGUCGAUGCCUCUCUAUCCCAACCAACCGUCCCUUCACCAGCCAACCCUUGAACGUUUCCCAUCGUUCCGCGGCAACAUCACGCCACCGGAAGGCUCCAUCACUCCACCGCGCGGCAGUACACCACCUUCCUGGCUCGGCGGCACACCGAUCGGUUUCACCUCAACGCCACUUCGCACGCCAACGGUGCGUCCCCAGCCGGAACCGUUUGCGCUCAUCAAUCAGCUGCUGACAGCGAUACGCACCUCGAAUGAGGGCAAUUUGUCAAACGUCACCGAACAGUACGCCAGCGAUCCCGUUUUCCGCGAGCGGGCCCUCCGCGAGCUGGAUGAGCUACGAUCGUGCAUUGCACCGCAACUGGGAGGCGCGUGCAAUGGGGCAGGGCAGGCAGUGCGUGCCCUGCUGGACCGGGUAGAGCAGGCGGAAAUAACGCUCUCGAUGCUUAUCAACAAUUUAGAGCAAUUGCAAAAUCAUUGAAGACUGUUUGAAGCAUACGCGAAGGAAAAAGAAUAAAACUUUGUGGAUUUUAAUUGAAGUCUUAAAAUUAAAUGAGUCAUUCAAUAAAUUAUGCAUAAUACAAACAAGUUUUCGAACGAACAAACGAACUGUGUAACGGUUAAUUUCAAACUGAAUACUUGCCCUCUGGUGGUUGUUCCGCUAAGUACAUCGAAAUAAUGCAUAAGUUACACUAGCGAAACAUAGAUGGCGCUACCGUUUGGAGAUGAAGUAUCAUUGUGAGAAUAUUUAGUUUUUAAGCAAGGACAGAAACUUUUUUUCAUAAAAGAUUUAAAUAAUUUACAACACAUGCACACAUUAACAAAUUAUUAUUAUAACAAAUCAUUACAUUUUUAUUUUUUAUUUAACAAAUCUUCUAAAUUUCGAAUAAACUGUUCCGUCCAUUUAGAAGUCGCAUCACAGCGGGACGUACCUUCUCUCAACAUGAUUCCCAUGUGCGUCAUUUGUAACCUCAUAAAAGUGUAAUUGAUUCCCUUUUCGCCAAAAACGAGCCUGUCUGCAUGUAAUCGGUUAUUCCGUCACCAGCCUGACACUUUCUUUUCCAUCGAAACCAACGGCCUAGGCGACAAAUCUGCCCCGGAUCGGUACUGGAAAAGCGUCAGCUUGUGCGUGUUUGGUAAAUACUUCUAAAUUGUUUGGGAACUUUCCAUUGAACCUUUUGACACACCCGUUGCCCACACCACCAGGUAGCUGUUAUUUCGUACGGAGUUUGGUUCGAGCUUCACGCCUUAUUAUGUAUCGAUACCAAACGCCUCGACUGUUAAAAUCAAAUAACGACUACCAACGGAAGUUCGUUUAAAUGAGCAAAGUUAUUAAACGCAUCGGUAGUGCAAUUUUGAGUAGCUUGCGUUCCUUUUGCAGUACAAAGACAGGCGUUAUGGGAACUUGGUUGUAAAAUGCUGCUGAGAAGGGUGUUUCGUGACGGGAUGUAUGGACAGGCAGGAAUGUGUUUAAUUAGAUGAAGCAUUUACACAUUUAACACAUCCACAAUAGCGGUUGACAGGUUGGCGGCGUAAAUCAAUCGGGCUUAAGUUGACCACGAAAGCUGUUUCGAAUAUUUAGGGAGCUUUUUUAAAGUUCUAUCAGCACACAAUCUACUAAAUUGUGUUGCAAUAGAGAAUAGGGUAAAUGUACCAAUAGUGGUGCAAUUUGUAGUGGUACCGAUGUGUUUUAAUGGAUUUAAAGUGUGAGGAAGGAUAAUUUCUGAAUAUUUUAACACAUAGCAAUUGGAAUAUGUUUUAUCUACGCAAUCACAACCAUUUUUAUCAUGAAAUACAUCAAAUUUACGAAAAAAUA